AUGGAGUUGGAGGAGAGCAAGCAGGGAGCUCUAGAUCGAUUUGGCGAUUAUGAGCACCAGGAAAAGCUCACCCGUCGUUUGCUGUUGAAGCUGGAUUUUCGAAUCCUUCCCAUGCUCGCCCUGCUUUUCCUCUGCUCGUUCCUCGAUCGUACAAAUGUUGGAAAUGCCAAAAUCAUUGGCUUGGAAUCCGACCUCAACAUUACAGACCACCAAUAUGACAUCGGACUGACGGUGUUCUAUCUCUUUUAUAUCUGCAGUGAGCUGCCGAGUAAUCUUGUGCUCAAAAAAGCGUCCCCGAAAUUAUGGCUGCCAUUCCUGACGGUCGUAUGGGGGAUUAUCACCAUGUGUCUGGGCUUUGUACAGAAUUAUGGUGGGUUCGUGGCUGUGCGCGCUCUGUUGGGCAUUGCCGAAGGUGGACUGCUGCCGGGCAUGGUACUCUAUCUGUCUUCUUUCUAUAGACGCACAGACUUGGCCCUCCGCAUUGGUCUGUUCUAUACUGCCGCAUCUUUGUCAGGCGCUUUUGGAGGCCUUCUUGCUCGUGGGCUCGCGGAAAUUGCCCCUCGGGGAGGCUUGGAGGGCUGGAGGUGGAUAUUCAUCAUCGAGGGCCUUCUUACAUUUGCAUGCGGCGCACUAAGUUUCUUUGUCCUUCCAAAUUCUUUGGAGUCAGCAUCUUUCUUGACAACCGAAGAGAGGGAGUUUGGUUGCGACAGAUUGAUGUUGGACAAUCCCAUAAGCGUUGAUGGAGCCUUGGCUGCCGAAGAGCAAUCAUUCAUGUGGUCAGAAGUGCGACGAGGCGUUUUAUGUGUACAACUAUGGCUCUCUGCCUUUGCGUAUUUCUCCAUUCUGUCAGGCCUUUACUCAUUUGGUCUAUUUUUACCAACCAUCAUCAAAAACCUUGGAUUUGCCAAAGAUGCCAAUGAAGUCCAGUUGUGGUCGGUCAUUCCUUAUGCAGUGGCAGCCGUCGUUACAGUCAUCGUGGCCAUCAUAUCGGAUCGUCUACACCUUCGAGGCGUGAUUAUGCUAUUUACCCUGCCCAUUGCCAUUAUUGGCUAUGCUGUUAUUGCAAACAUUGACUCUCCACGUGUCCAAUAUGGCAUGACCUUUCUCAUGGCGACAGGACAGUAUGCUAGUGUUCCAUGUAUAUUGGUGUGGAUGUCAAACAACUCGGCGGGUCACUAUAAACGAGCGACCACGUCAGCACUGCAGUUGGCCAUCGCUAAUUGCGGAGGAUUUGUUGCAACUUUCAACUAUCCUAGCAAGGAUGGCCCACAGUUCCAUCGGGGACACACUAUUAUCCUUGGCUUACUUGUCUUUGCCUGGUUCAUGAUCCUAUUUAAUGUUCUUUACUGCGCGAAAGUCAAUCGCGAUAAACGCAACGGCAAGUAUGAUCAAUACGCAGGGUACAACGACGAUCGAAAUCCCGACUUCAAGAUGGUGUUGUGA